AUUCCCGUCAGUCUGUGAUGUUUUGAAAAUAAGCGCUUAACGUUAUGGAAAUGAUGAAAACGUGAACAGAUAUAUGAGCCGCAUUUGAGGUAUUUUAAGCUCCGUUUACGACGUCGAGUUUAAAAUGUAACCUUGUGCGGCAAUGAACAUAUCAACACUACUGAUCCAUAUGUUUAUUUUAAGUUUCUUUUACCAAACUUCAAUUGCUACUAUUACUUUUUCUAAUGUGCAUUGAACGAUUAAUAAUAAAACAGACAUUGUGUAUAAUUUUUUAUAAAAAGCGCACUUAACAUUGUAAAUAUUUCACGAUCAGGAUUUGAAAUAUAGGUUAUGAUGAUCUGAUUGGUUAAUCCAGCCCUAGUGAAUUUCUUGUGGAUCCGUUGAAUAGGAUGUAGGAGAAACAAGCUUAUAAACGCGUAAUAGAAACUAACCUUAAACAUUGAUUUUGUCGAUCCAGUUUUCCGUGUGGUGAAAACCGCGUGGGUAAUUUAAGAAAUCAAUUUAGUUAAGUUCUGUUUUGGCGGAGAGGUGAUGAUUGUCAUGAUCGCGAGAUGUAAGAAUUUCCUGCGAUAGUUGUUGGUUAAGAACACACUUUUUAUGAUGAUUUUAGUUCUGUAACGAAAUAUGCCAAAUAUUGUUCAUGUGCUGUGAAUAAUACGAAUGUAUGAAGUUCUUGUGAGUGGUAAAAGUGUCCUCAAUUUUCUAUUGUAAAAUUUGAAAAUGCCAUGCUGGUACUAUGAGAAAAAGGAACUCCGGAAUACCCCAUCGAUUCAAGAUGGUAUCAACUACGAAACCGAAUGCCGAUACCGUAAGGAAGGUGCACGGUUUAUCAUCGACACGGGCACCAAAAUGGACCUGGGAUACAAUACGAUGGCAACUGGUGUCGUCUACUUUCAGCGAUUCUACAUGUUCCAUUCGUUCAAAAGUUUUCCACGUUACGUGACUGCAUGUUGUUGCCUUCUUUUGGCUGGUAAAGUUGAAGAAACACCAAAAAAGUGCAAAGAUAUUAUAAGAACGGCAAAGACUUUACUUACCGAGCAAAAGUUCAUGACUUUUGGGGAAGAUCCAAAGGAAGAAGUGAUGACGCUUGAAAGGAUAUUGUUACAGACAAUUAAGUUCGACUUGCAAGUGGAACAUCCUUAUAGCUACCUUCUAAAGUAUGCGAAAUGCUUAAAAGGGGACAAAAACAAAUUACAAAAAAUGGUACAAAUGGCUUGGACAUUUGUAAACGACAGUUUAUGCACCACUCUUUCGCUGCAAUGGGAACCUGAGAUCAUAGCAGUCGCUCUAAUGUACUUAGCUGGAAAGCUUCGUAAAUUUGAAGUACUAGACUGGAACGGAAGACAACCAAAGCAUUUACGCUGGUGGGAUAUGUUCGUCGAAGACGUAACGAUGGACCUCCUAGAAGACAUCUGUCACCAAGUGUUAGAUUUAUACUCCCAGACAAACAACGCUAAACCCCUGGAUUCCCCUCCGGUGGUACCAACAGGUGAGCCGAACAGAGAGCGGAACGUUGCACCUUCCAUCGUGGACUCUGCAUCGAACACGCCAAACGCCUGUAUAGUAACACCCGGCAAGCCUGCACCGAGCAAGGCUGAGGUCCUCGGUGCAGCUUCUGCAAAUGGCUGCGCUCUCACAGACUCCACGGACGGGAUGAAGCAGUUGGACGUUCCAGCACACUUUCCUCCGUACCCUUCCAACUACACCCCAGGAAACUCGAACUACCCGCCGGUGUUUCCUCCAACCAACAUCUCCGUUCCACCACCGCCCACUGUCAACGCGAUAAACCACAUUGUGCCGACGAUGCAUCACAUGGGGUCGUCCGGGUCGGUCAGGUCGGCGCCGUCGACCCCGGCAGGGCCACAGCCGCCAUUCCAGCAAUACCCUUACACGCCGAACUCGACAUAUUUCCAGAGCAGCAACGCCCCACCUCCUGCGAGCAAUCCGCGUACAUACUACCCACCGCAACCUUGAUGUUACACUAUCACCUGUAAUCGAUCGAUCGCGUCGUUAUUAAAUUUGCCAUCGAGAAACA